CAUCAGGUCCGGGUGAAAGCCUACUACCGCGGGGAUAUCAUGAUAACGCAUUUUGAACCUUCAAUCUCCUUUGAAGGUCUUUGUAGUGAAGUGCGAGAUAUGUGUUCUUUCGACAGUGAACAGCUUUUCACCAUGAAGUGGAUAGAUGAGGAAGGAGACCCAUGUACAGUGUCAUCGCAGCUGGAGUUGGAAGAAGCCUUUAGGCUUUAUGAAUUGAACAAGGAUUCUGAACUUUUAAUUCAUGUAUUCCCGUGUGUGCCAGAACGCCCUGGAAUGCCCUGUCCAGGAGAAGAUAGCUUAAACAAAUUCCACAAUAAAAGGUUGGAAGGGCGUGCUCACUGUGCCAUCUGUACUGACCGAAUAUGGGGACUUGGGCGCCAGGGAUACAAAUGUAUCAACUGCAAACUACUAGUUCAUAAGAAGUGCCACAAACUUGUUACAAUCGAAUGUGGGAGGCAUUCUUUGCCGCCGGAACCAAUGCCUCUGGAGCCAUCAUCCAUUCAUUCAGACCAUGCACAGACUGUGAUUCCAUAUAAUCCGUCAAGUCACGAGAGUUUGGACCAAGUGGGUGAAGAAAAGGAGGCAAUGAACACCAGAGAAAGUGGCAAAGCUUCAUCCAGUUUAGGACUUCAAGAUUUUGAUUUGCUCCGGGUAAUAGGAAGAGGAAGUUAUGCCAAAGUACUACUGGUUCGAUUAAAAAAAACAGAUCGUAUUUAUGCAAUGAAAGUUGUGAAAAAAGAGCUUGUCAAUGAUGAUGAGGAUAUUGACUGGGUGCAGACAGAAAAGCACGUUUUUGAGCAGGCGUCCAAUCAUCCUUUCCUUGUUGGGCUACAUUCUUGCUUUCAGACGGAAAGCAGGUUGUUCUUUGUUAUAGAAUAUGUAAAUGGAGGAGAUUUAAUGUUUCAUAUGCAGCGACAAAGAAAACUUCCUGAAGAACAUGCCAGAUUUUACUCUGCAGAAAUCAGUCUAGCACUGAAUUAUCUUCAUGAAAGAGGAAUAAUUUAUAGAGAUUUGAAAUUGGACAAUGUAUUACUGGACUCUGAAGGGCACAUUAAACUCACUGACUAUGGCAUGUGUAAGGAAGGACUACGGCCAGGAGAUACAACAAGCACUUUCUGUGGUACUCCAAAUUACAUUGCUCCGGAAAUUUUAAGAGGAGAAGAUUAUGGUUUCAGUGUCGACUGGUGGGCUCUUGGAGUGCUCAUGUUUGAGAUGAUGGCAGGCAGGUCUCCCUUUGAUAUUGUUGGCAGCUCUGAUAACCCCGAUCAAAACACAGAGGACUAUCUCUUCCAAGUGAUUUUGGAAAAACAAAUUCGCAUACCACGUUCUCUGUCUGUAAAAGCUGCAAGUGUCUUGAAGAGUUUUCUCAACAAGGAUCCCAAAGAACGACUGGGUUGCCAUCCUCAAACAGGAUUUGCUGAUAUUCAGGGACACCCAUUCUUCCGAAAUGUUGAUUGGGACAUGAUGGAGCAAAAGCAGGUGGUACCUCCUUUUAAACCAAAUAUUUCUGGGGAAUUUGGUUUGGACAACUUUGAUUCUCAGUUCACUAAUGAACCUGUCCAGCUCACUCCAGAUGAUGAUGACAUUGUGAGGAAGAUUGACCAGUCCGAAUUUGAAGGUUUUGAGUAUAUCAAUCCUCUCUUGAUGUCUGCAGAAGAAUGUGUCUGAUCCUCAUUUGCCAACUAUGCAUUUUGCUUGUGAUGCCUUUUAAUGCAUGGAUAAACAUGUUACCAGCUUGAAUACAGUGAUAGAGGUUUAAAAACUAACCAUCUUACAUUUGCCACCCAUGAAACAGCACUGAGUAUCUUUCUUAUUGACUAUCAGGGGCAAUUACUACAUCUAAGUUUAACUACAAACAGAGGAGGAGAGAAACGCUAGUUUCCAGACAAUCAGCAAGAACAAAACUCAGUUGUACUAGUUCUUUAGUGGCCUGCUUCAGAAUUGUGAAGCUCUCUCGGUUGCUUCAGGCCAUCCUGGCCACUGCUGUGAAAGAGUGUCUAUUGCAUUGAGUCACGUAGUGGGAUUAUAUCAGGCCUCCGGCAAUUUCUGUCAUUAAGUGUUUAAAUGUGGCAUAAACGAUUAAUUCAGAAGACACUUCUUUUUAUGUUACCUAUUAUUUUCUCUAUGUUUAAAGCUUCAGCUGGAAAUGUGUCAUUGCCCUUGGUAAUUAAGUGAUUGAUCUUAAGGCAACCAAUUGUUAAAUUGAUCAUAAGAAGUGUUGCUGGCAUAGGCCUGGAGAACACAGAUUCUCCUAGGGUAAUGACUAGACACACUGUAAUAAGAAUCAGAUCCUUAACUCUUUUUCAGACGCUGGCAAGAGUGAUUUUUUUUUUUUAAAGUAUGCUAAGGGAGUAGUUCUGAGCAUGUUCCUUUAGCAGAACUAAGUGGAAAGUUGACAAUGUGUAGCUCACAGGUCUCAGGAUGCAGCUGAUUGGCAGUGUCUCAGUAUAUGGAAAGGAACAAAAUAUAAAUUUAAAACAGAUGCAAAAAAAGUUAAUGGUACUAUUUAUUUCUUAUUGGAGAAUAAAUUUCGCUGCUCUACCUGACUUGACUUAAAUAAUGAGCCACUUGCUACCAAGCUUUUAAAAGCAUUCAUUUAUUCCGUGGAGGCAGAACAAUAUUUUUUCCUGUAAUUUAAUAUUCAAGAAUGUAAAUUAUCUUUCAAGUAGAAUAUCUAACUAUACUUGUCUCUCCCUGGCCCCCUCCCCAAGCCACAUUGUGUAUACUUUGAAUCCUGUCUGUGGGAUUUUCAUUGAAAUCCAAGAAAGGUCAUAAAAUAAACAUAAGUUAAUGUUCAGGACACACAUCCGCUCACACACAUCACAGUUCCAGCUCUUAAGGGAGCGUUUGUGAAGUGUAGGUAACACAUGGACUAGAGUGGAGUACAUUUCAGGGCAGAAUGCUUUAGGUUAUUUUUUAAAUAAUAUUAGCAUCUAACAGUUUGUUUAAAGUGAUGCCAAAUAUAGCAUCCUUCUGUUCUUUAUUUUAAGUGGUUUUUUUUUUAAUGAAAAGGGAUUAAACAAGAGUGAUCAUCUAAGUAACUUACAAUUGAUCAAUCUUAGUAAAAUUAAAAUUAGGGGAUGCUAUCUAGUCUUAAACUGAGAAUGAUUUUAAAAUGAUGAGCAUUUAAUAAAUUUUCUUUUGGGGGAGUUAAAUUUUGUUAGAAAUGUAAUUUCCCCAAUUUUUGGCCAUAUCUUUUCGUUUCUUUGAAUAACUAGGCGAGAAAACUUCAAAGGAAAAUGUUAAUUUAUUAUUACAUGUUCAUUUGAGAGGUAUACUAUGUUUCUGUUCAUACCUGGAACGUAAAACAUGAAUCAUAAACAUGUCCUGUCAGAAGGGCGUGUAUGACCCGGCUGCUGCUCCCUGCACGCAUGGCGGUGUCACGAGUUGUCCACUGUGAGGGUUCCCUUGGGACUGUGCUCACAGCGCACUUCAUGGGGCCGCAUGAAAAUGCCAUGCGCCUUUUAACCUCAGUUUAAGAAAUACUUUGUAAAUUUUUUUUUAAGCCUGCGGUUAAAUAUUAGCAUAUUGGUGAUAAAAAAUUUUGAGGGAGAAGUGGUGAGUUACUAUUAUCUUACCCACAAUUUUAAACAGAUUUUGAAUGAAUGACUUCUUUAAGUUAAUAAUCUUCUCAAAAAAAAGGAAAAAAAUCAGUUUUCUACUGAUGAUCUAAUGUUACCCAUGAUGAACAUUUUUCUAUGAUGAGGUUUUAAACCAUUCUUCAGGUUGGAUUUUUGUUUUCUGAUUUUUUUUUUAACUAAUAAGAUUUAAUGUGUGUAUUUUAUACAGAAUUACAUUACAAAUAAUGUUCGUUGUCUUUUGUCUUCUGUUUUUGCAAUCUUUAAGUGCCAUGACAACUCUCUGUAUAUUCUAGUAGAUGUUCUCACAAAAGACUACGAGGGGAGUAAGGCAGUGUGAUGAUGGUCAGAAUGGCUAGAAUUUGGGUGUAUUUUGCAUAAGCAUGAUAUCUGUGGUCAGAACAUUUUAUGUAUACACAGCCUGGAGUCGAUACCAGGUGUUGUGCUUGUUCCAUACCGGUACAUUUUCAUGUUUAAGUUUGUUUUUGUUUCGUAAUGUACAAUACUGCCUUGGUUAUCAUAUUGUAAUCUGUAUUUGCAUUUUUUUUACUUUAAAAUCUUUAAAUAAAACAUUUAAUAACCA